AUGGACCAGCACCACCCAAUGCAUCAAAUAUACCAGAUAGCCUUAGCACCACCUCCAUUCUGCGUCGCAUUAGAUGUUCUAACUCGUGCAUUAUACCCGUCGGUGGUAAAAUUGGCAUUAUGGGUUAUAUUAGCAUGUCUUUUCUUUCUCUUGCUCUCUAUGCUGCUCUCUAUGCUGCUCUCUAUUCUGCUCUCUCUCCUGCUUCUCAGUAUUGAAUGGUUUAAAGCGUCCGACGGGUGGAUUACAAAGUUCAAGAAGAAAUAUAACCUUCGUGAAUAUACGAAGCAUGGAGAGGCGAGAAGUGCUCCAUCUGACGAAGCUACGGCUGGAUAG